CAUGUAGCAGAAAGAUUAAUCAUUUACAAGUCGACUAAGAAACUCUUUGUUCUUUGGGAAAGCCAACACUGCUGUGCGAGGAAUGUUAGUUGUCAGGAAGACACACUAUUUUCUCUUCCACUCCCCCCUCCCUCCGCCCAUGCCCCUUCUCUGAGUGUCUCUUUUUCUCAUGGGAUGUCAGUACGCCUGAGCCAGCCCGUGUCUUUCUCCUUCAAACUAUCUCAGACAUAAAUGAAGUCUUCUUUUACUCAUUCUGCUUACAUGCCUAGAUCAUGACAUCACAUGAUGCAGCAGCCCGGCAACAACCAUAAGGAGUUUAAGGUCUAUUGCUUUCUGCAUGUCAAUAUUACUGAGUGAGUUCGGAGUAUGUUUCUGCGUGAGGCAGUAGAGUGGAAAAUGAAACAGUUCCUUACACCUGUUGGUUACUAAGUGGUUCUGACCGAAAUCUUCUCCUGAGUGCCAAUGAGACCUAUUUGCAAGUUGAGAUGCUGCUCUGGAAAGCGCAAAUGACCCACAAUCUCUGAAACCUUCAGUAGGACCAUGGGAUCAAUGAACAUUGGAAAGGCUGCGACACUGAAUGAACUGCUACAUGCCAGCAUUGAUACAAUCGAUAAUGAAGGGGAGUUUAGUAACAGCCAAGUGCCAAGGAUGGUUCUCCUCAUGCAUCGAUGGUACCUCCCGUCCACUGAAUUGGCAGGAAAGCUUCUACUGAUGUAUCGGGAAGCAUGCGGUGAGGAUUGCAAUGAUUUUCGACUCAAAAUCUGUCACUUAAUGAGGUACUGGAUCUCUGAGUUCCCUGCUGAGUUUAGCUUGGACCUUGGUUUGGUUCAUCUGACUGAGCAAUUUCAGGAACUGGCUAGCCAGCUAGGGUAUGAAGAACACAGUAAACUCAUCGACAUCUCCAGCAUUCCGUCCUACGACUGGAUGAGACGCGUCACCCAGCGUAAGAAAGUCUCCCAGAAGAAGGGGAAAGCUUCUCUGUUGUUUGAUCAUUUGGAGCCGCUGGAAUUGGCGGAGCACCUCACCUUCCUGGAAUACAAGUCCUUCCGCCGGAUCUCGUUUACAGACUAUCAGAGUUAUGUCACACAUCGCAGCCUAAUGGAUAAUCCAACCCUCGAGAGAUCCAUCGCUCUCUUUAAUGGCAUUUCCCAGUGGCUCCAGCUGAUGGUUCUUAGCAAGCAGACACCUGUGCAAAGGGCAGAGGUUAUCACCAAGUUCAUUAACGUGGCUCAGAAGUUGCUUCAGCUCCAGAACUUCAACACGUUGAUGGCCGUGGUAGGAGGCUUAAGUCAUAGUGCAAUAUCGCGCUUGAAGGAAACCUUCUCUCAUCUUGCUCCGGAAGUUACAAAGGUUUGGAAUGAAAUGACCGAGCUGGUCUCUUCCAAUGGAAACUACUGCAGCUAUCGAAAAGCUUUUGCUGACUGUGAGGGAUUUAAGAUUCCAAUUCUGGGAGUUCACCUGAAGGACCUGAUUGCAGUUCACGUAGCUUUCCCAGACUAUGCAGACGAUAAUAAAGUGAACAUUGUCAAAAUGCAGCAACUGUACGUUACCUUUAAUGAACUGGUUUCACUUCAGGAUGCAAAUCCUCACUUAGAGCCAAAUAUGGAUUUAAUACACCUUUUAACACUGUCCCUGGAUUUAUAUUACACAGAGGAUGAAAUCUAUGAGCUGUCGUUACUCCGUGAACCAAGAAAUCCAAAAUCAAUGCCCAGCACACCAACCACUCCAAACAAAACAGUAGCGCUUGUGGAUUGGGAACCUGGACUGACACCAAAACCAGAUCCCACCAUCAUUAACAAACAUAUCCGAAAGACAGUUGAUUCUGUAUUUAGGAACUAUGAUCAUGAUCAUGAUGGCUACAUCUCCCAAGAAGACUUUGAAAGCAUAACUGCCAACUUCCCAUUCUUGGACUCCUUCUGCGUUUUGGACAAAGACCAGGAUGGGCGAAUCAGUAAAGAUGAAAUGAUGGCCUAUUUCCUGAGGGCUAAAUCACAGCUCCAGUGCAAAAUGGGACCAGGCUUUAUUCACAAUUUUCAAGAGAUGACGUACCUCAAACCCACUUUCUGUGAGCACUGUGCAGGAUUUCUCUGGGGUAUAAUCAAACAGGGACACAAGUGUAAAGACUGCGGUGUCAACUGCCAUAAGCAAUGCAAGGAUCUGCUGGUGUUGGCGUGUCGGAAGCUGCGAAAGAGCACUUCUCUAGAGAGUCCUUCUCCACCUUCGCACAGCCACGGCUCCCUGCCCAGCAGUCCGGCAAUCCUGUCCUGUGGAAAUGUUCAAGAUGGAGCUAUGUUCAACUUCCCCCAGAGCAACAGUAACCAGGCCAUUGAUGGCCGCUCCAUCACCCUAAUGACUGGCUCAGCUCAGAAGAUCUCGGUGCGCUUACAGAGGGCCACCGCCAGCCAGGCCACACAGACGGAGCCCCUGUGGCAGGAAAGCGGGUGGGCUGGCGCCGACUCAGGGUCACACACCUUCCCAAAAAUGAAGUCGAAAGGAGGGAAGAGUAGGGGCUUUGCCAAGUGGGAAAAUGAGAAGCCUAGCAGAUGUGCUAAGACAGAGGAGGAGCACGAACCACUGCAGAAUGGGACUGAGGUGAAUGAGGAAGAUGAGUGAGGGUGCAUUCCUCAAGGCAAACUCCAAGUGUGCACGAUGCAUCAUCAAAUCUUAUGGGAAUAACAAGAAAUUGGAUAUGUGCUCAGGGUUAAUAUUAACAGGAUAUUUAUUCAAUGACUGCCUCGUGUGUUUGACUAUUUGUCAUUUUUCACCCUGUACAAAUUGCUCAAACCAGUUUCUGCCAAGCGUCAAAGUGACAAAGGUCUUGUAUAAAUCUGUGGCUCCUUCAUGGCUUCUCCUAUCAAUCAAAAUCUUCCAGGCCGCGAAUACCAGCACCCAUCAGAUCCCAGCCAUUACCCUUCACAAGCAAAUUGUAUAUCGAGCUCACAACCAGUUGGAAGGUGAAAAACGGCCAUGGAAAAUCAAACCUCAGGACUGAAAAAGCAACAAAUACGCAACGUAAGUGUGCAGAUGGAACACUUUUGACAGGAAGCCACAAGCAAGCUGUUGCGUACUAUAAGCGCUCAGCAUCAAUACACACGUGGCCAGUAGUAACAAGGUUAGCCUGGGAAAUGCCUCCAGUUUGCUGGAAAGUCAAGCCUGGAGGUUGCCUGGAAUGGCGCUUCCAUUUCCAAGGCUUUGAUAUUGACAAAGUUCUUGUAUAAAACUCAAAAGCCAUGCCACAGACUUCUGAGACAAUUCAGCUGGGACAAACAAUAGAGACUACUUUUUAUUCAAGUGGAUGAAACUCUUCACUUUCCACACACAAGGUCAGGUAAAGGUGAGACCGAUAAGGAACAAUAAGCCGGUUGUCAUCAUCAUAGUUGGAGCUUAAAGAUUAUCUCCCACCAUCUAGCAUACUAAACCUUUUAAAUAAACAGUUGAGAUUCAGCAGAUGCUGGAAAUCCAAAGGAACACACACAAAAUGCUGGAGGCACUCAGAAGGUCAGGCAGCGUCUAUGGAGAUGAGUAAACAGUCAAUGUUCCAGCCCAUCAGGACACCAUUGGGAUUUGGUGUGUGUUAAUCCUUUUACAUGUAUUUUGUCCAAAAUUAAUUGAGUUUCUUUGAAGAUGUGGGAGCAGAGAUUCCCCUUCACUAUGGAAGCAUGAAGUCAUGUGACAAGCUGAUCUUUGUUUCCCCUGUAAUGAAAUGUGGUAUCAUUGAGAUGUUGUCCCUGGUGGUGAGGAGGAAAGAUUGCUCUGUAAUUGGAUAAAAAGAAUGUUAUAUGGGAAUUUCCCGCUUUACCCAGUGCGUGUCCUUAGUGCCUGAAUGUCCUUUGACCAAUGACAUACGGUAAGCAUCCCUAGCACUAAGACAGCCUUAUAAGAUGGGAUGGUUGCUCCCAAUGUUUCCAAGGUACGAAACUUGGAAAAUACAAGGUGUGUGACACACAGAUACGGCACACCCCCUUGAACAUAUCAGGCAAUUGUGAAUUUUCAGAUCCUUUCACACAGUGCGCGAUUCGUUUCCAUUGCUUCCAUUGGUAUCAGUUCCAGGGAGAAUUCCAGCAACGCAGACCUGGAGGGAGAAUCCUUUACAUGACCCUCCUUUGCUGUCCCACCUAGCUUUCAGAGGCUCACUGAUGUAAUUGAAAAGGGAGGCCUGGCUCCUCACUGGGCAAUUAUCGCAGUGCCUCUGGGCCAGGCUGCGGGUUCACAGAAAGCGGCUGCAUUAUUGAUUGCACUCAGACAGAAUGUCUGAGGGAACACGACGGGCCAAAUGCUUUAAACGAGGAACACGUCACAGAGAAAUUAAUCAAUGUCACUUUCUGCUCAGCACAAUUCCCCGGUGUGGACAGCGCCUGUCACCACCCCAAAUCAAGAGGCUUCCACAUGCCUUUGUGUUAGAGAGAUAAUCCUCCUGGCUGACUGGUUCUUACUGCCUUGUCAAGGACAAUACAUUGUAAUCAAUUAUUCAUUGAGGUGAGAAGUGCCUAGGUUGAAGGAAUGGAAUUUCUCCAUUUCGGGUUCAAAUCUCAAGCGUUGUAAAUCAGGCAGGAGAUAACCUGACGCAGAUUAAGGCCUUAUUCCACAUUACGCUGUAGCCCUACUGGCCUAGAGUGCCACCUGCUGCACCAUUGUGGUAUUGUUUCUGUUAACCUCUCCUGCCAUUUCGUGUCCCCUCAAACAUUACAAAUUGUGAUAUUUAGAUUUUGCUUUUCUUUUAAAGGAAAAUAACUGAAUUUAAUAAUUUUAAGUCUUAAAAAUAGCAGAUGAGUUAGGAUUAGAGCAAUCUGGCCAAGUCAGAUCUUCAAAUGAAAGACCUUUACAUAAUGCAGCAAAAUCUGAUUUCCUCUAAACUGGAUCCAUUUGAUAUACAAUUCUGUUUGGUGUCACCUUUUGGUAAAGUUGCUGCAGACCCUCAGGCAAACCUCUUUCCAAGGAAGUUCAUAUGGGACACAUCAAUAGAUACCAACAUGAUGAAUCAUGUUCUCACUGAACUGGGAUGUCCAUUCAAACCUUUUGUUAAAUGGCUCAUGAUUACUUCAUAUUAAUAACCAACAACUUCAGUGUUUGGCAAGGCACAAAUCUCAUGUUAAAACCAAUUUGCCCUGAAAGGGGAAUAUGGAACUAAUGAAUGAGUGGAGGAAGGUUUAGGGGAGAUGUUUUUUUUUUUUACACAGAGUGGUAAGUGCUUGGCAUGAACUGCUGAAGUGAUGCUCGGGGCUGAUGCAUGGAUGGGAGGUGUAUGGAGGGAUAUGGUCCGUGUGCAGGUCAGUGGGACUAGGCAGAAAAUGGUUCGGCACAGCCAAGAAGGGCCAAAAGGCCUGUUUCUGUGCUGUAGUUUCUAUAGUUCUAUGAUACGUUAGAGAUAUUUAAAAGACACGUGAUGAAAGUAAAAUGGGGGACUACGGGCUAUGUAAGAGAGAAUGGUUAGAUGGAUCGUGGAAAAGCUGGUACAACACGGACCAAAGGGGAGUGUGCUGUGCUUUACUGUUCUAUAUUCACUGUAAUGGGUAGAGUUUCAGAAAAAGAAGCCACCGAUUGAAGAUAGGUCCCCGAGGCCAUGAUGCUCUGUGUUUCUCUUCACCAGACAACAGUAAAAGCUGAACAUCCCUAAGGCUGAAUUAGAAGUUGUUUUGUAUUUGUUUGGUGGAUCAAGGCAUCUUGUAAUUGCCAAACAACACAAACUGAAUCUUUAGAGGCUGGUAACUACAUAGCAUAAAUAGAGCCCGACUUCCAUUUUCAAUGCCUGGUGCACAAUGUGAUCACCUCAGUGUAGUAACAACUGAACAAUAUACAGUACUACUACUGUGCAAAAGUCUAAGGUACAUGUAUAUAGCUAGGGUGCCUAAGACUUUUACACAGUACUAUAGUAAUUUUAUGUAUUGCACUGUACUGCUGCCACUAAAAAUAAAACAAAUUUCAUGACAUGUGAGAGUGAUGAUAACCUGAUUUCUCUUAUGGGUCUCUAUUGUGGACUGAGAGCGGGAAGGG